GUUUUCCUAUUGGUCAAAGCAUGUUCACCUCAGCAUCGUUGGUUCGACUCCAGCGCGUCUUUUCCGCAGUAGGAAACAGGAGGGUCAGCGCGAUGGCUCCGCAAAGCCCGCGAGAGCAGGAAGAGGAGCGCGUCAGCGGGGCUCAGAUCAUCGCGGAGGCCCUGAAGAUGCAAAAUGUGGAAUACAUGUUUGGUAUCGUUGGUAUUCCUGUGAUAGAAGUAGCAGUUGCUGCUCAAGCAAGUGGAAUUAAAUAUAUAGGAAUGCGGAAUGAACAAGCUGCUUCCUAUGCUGCCUCUGCUGUCGGUUACCUGACGGGCAGGCCUGGUGUAUGCCUUGUAGUUUCUGGACCUGGCCUUGUACAUGCUCUAGGUGGAAUGGCAAAUGCAAACAUGAAUUGCUGGCCUUUGAUUGUGAUAGGAGGUUCCUCUGACAGAAAUCAGGAAACAAUGGGAGCUUUCCAGGAAUUUCCACAGGUUGAAGCCUGUAGGUUAUACAGCAAAUUUAGUGCCAGACCAAGCAGUUUAGAAGCUAUUCCUGCUGUUAUCGAGAAGGCUGUCAGAACAAGUAUCUGUGGCCGUCCAGGAGCCUGUUAUAUUGACAUACCUGGAGACUUUGUAAAUCUGGAGGUGAACAAAAGUUCUGUUAAAUAUGUAGAAUGCUGUCCAGAACCUCCCAUCGCUAUGGCUGAAGAGGCAGCUGUUUCUAAAGCUGCAUCAUUCAUUGCACAUUCCAGAAAACCACUUCUAAUUAUUGGCAAAGGGGCUGCUUACUCACGUGCUGAAAACAGCAUCAGAAAGUUGGUGGACCAAUGUGGGCUUCCUUUUUUGCCUACCCCGAUGGGAAAGGGAGUUGUUCCUGACAACCAUCCACACUGUGUGGCUGCAGCCAGAUCUAGGGCGCUGCAGCAUGCUGAUGUGAUCAUAUUACUUGGUGCCAGACUGAACUGGAUUCUACACUUUGGACUUCCUCCAAGAUUUAAUCCAGAUGUAAAAAUUAUCCAGGUAGACAUUUGUGCAGAAGAAUUAGGGAAUAAUGUGAAACCUGUUGCAGCCUUAUUGGGUGACAUAAAAGCAGUGGCGGAGCAGCUUCUAGAUCAGCUGAAGAAAAAGCACUGGACAUACCCUUCUGAUACAGAUUGGUGGAAAGAUCUACGAGCAAAAAUACAAAGCAAUGAACAGAUAUCCAAGGCACUAUCACUACAGCAAAAUCUGCCAAUGAAUUACUAUACAGUAUUCCACCAUAUCAGGGAGCAUUUGCCAAAGGACUGCCUUCUCAUUAGUGAAGGAGCAAACACGAUGGACAUAGGACGCACUAUGCUUCCAAACUAUUAUCCCCGCCACAGGCUUGAUGCUGGUACCUUUGGUACAAUGGGUGUUGGGCUGGGUUUUGCAGUAGCAGCUGCUAUGGUUACUAAAUAUCAUAAUCCUGAGAAGCAAGUGGUCUGCAUAGAAGGAGACAGUGCCUUUGGAUUCUCUGGCAUGGAGGUGGAAACUAUGUGCAGGUAUAAUUUGCCAAUCAUUCUAAUCAUAGUCAACAACAAUGGGAUAUACAGUGGCUUGGAUGCAGAGACUUGGGAUGAAAUGUUGAAACUUGGAGAACCUUCCACAAGUGUUCCUCCAGUUUCUCUGUUGCCAAAUGCUCACUAUGAGCAAAUUAUGUCUGCCUUCGGUGGUAAAGGCUAUUUUGUGCAAACACCAGAAGAACUCCAAGCUGCCCUGAAGAAAAGCCUCGCCGAAAAGCAUGUGCCUUCCCUCAUUAAUGUAAUGAUUGAUCCACAAUCAGACAGGAAGAAACAAGAUUUUCAUUGGCUGACCCGUUCUAACAUGUAGCAGAAGGCCUGGAAAUCAUGAACAAAAUGCCUAUAGAAACUAAAAUGGGAAUUAACACUAUAGUUGUCAUCUCUGUAUUUUCACAGAAUUUGAAAGAAAGCUGUGCUAUACUAAA